UACUAUUUUUGUGGUUGGUUUAGAGUUCACGUCAAUGACCUUAUUUCAUUUCAUUAUCUUCACCUGAUGGUAAUGAUCAGUUGUAAAUAAGUAAACAAUCAAUUUCUCUGUUAAUUAUGUCAACAAGAACGAAAAUCAAUUCCAAAACAAGAUCAACAAUUAAAUCUUCCCCUUGUGCCGAUCCAAUUGUCUCCAAAGACAAUCCCAAUGAUGUCAACAAAAGUGAACAAAAAUCAAAACCUAAAAAGUUAAUUAUUUCAUCUUUAAUCAUUCUAAUCGUUGCCAUUGUGAUUAAUUUAAUCAUCAGCCAUUUGUAUGUUGAUAAUGGUUAUCCAAAUGACCUAAUCAUUUCUGAAUCAGGUAAAUCAUCAAAUGAUGGAGUGAUAAUUAAAUCUGAAGAAGGUAAAGUUAUUACAUCACCUGAAGAAAACAAUAACAAUGUGAUAAUAACAUUGAUGGAAUCAAAUUCAACCAACAAUCAAGAAGAAACAAUUAAUUCUGAGAAAGUAAAAGGAGAAGAGGAAAAGAUAGUUUAUAGUUUUCUAGCAACAGUCGAACAAGAUAUUCAACAAUUAAGUCUAUACCAACAACCAUGUUCACCGACUGGUUAUCGUUAUGAGGAUUCAAUAGGAUCAGCGCCAGAAAUUUGUGGUGUUACAUUCACUGAUUAUCUUGUUGAUGAUGAGGCGAUUAAUAGAUUACAAUUAAUUGCCGAUAAUUAUACUGAAUUGUUUGGUGAAACAACAACAACAAACCGAGAAUCGUAUAACCUUCAAUGGAUCAAUUUACAUUCAAUCUUCCGAAAACCUCAUGGAAAAGGUUUAAUUUCUGAUGAUGAUUAUCAAUUAUUACUUAAUGUUUCUCAAGCAGCUAAAGCGGUUGUUUCGAUGGCUUUUGGUGUCCCAGAGGAUCGUUUAUACUUUACGACUGUUUGUCAAUUUACUCGAUACGAACCGGUUACUACAUUUUCUGAAUUUCGACACAUUGAUAAAGUCCGAUCGCCAGAAUUAAUUGUUACCUCUAUUUUAUGGCUUUCAACGGUUGAUGAACAUUUCAGUGGUGGACGAUUAGAGUUUCUUAAUGGUCCCGGAGAAGAACAAUUUAAUCCAAUUUUAAUUGAACCCAAAAAAGGUCGAUAUGCUGCUUGGACUUCAUCCCAUGAGAAUCCACAUGGAGUUCAUGAACUUUUCCAUGGUAAAAGAUUAGCUCUGAUCUUUGCAUUUACCGCCAAUCCUAAAUUUGGACAUUCAACUAUUGAACAAUUAAGAACCUGGGCAACUAUUAAAAAACCUUCUUUUUACUAUUAAGUUAAUUACCAAAAUUAACUCUUAAAUCUUGUGAUAUGUAUUAAUAUUCAUUAUUUUUUGACACUCACCUUCGAUUCUAUGAUGAUCAUUCCACUUUUAAGGUUGUGGAGUUUUUCUCAUGAAUCGAUUGAUUCAAGUGACACUUUUGGACCAAGUUCGACUCCAUUAUCGUUCACAGGUUGUUCGGCUCUCACUGAAUUGUUAAAUAAUCCAUGAAAAGACUUUAUCAGUGAUGGAAAAAUAAGGAAGAGAACCAAAAGAAAAGGAAAAAUUCUCUCUAAAUAAAGAUGAAUAAAACUCUAAA